CCUAGGUGUAUCGGACGCGGACGCGUGCUAACGCUGACAGUAAAACGGUUUGCUGCAGUGAAAGUCCAGCUAUAUCCACAAUCAAACAGAGUAGCACAGUAUGGUGUUCUUCACUUGCAAUGCUUGUGGUCAGGCUAUCAAGAAAGCACAGGUAGAGAAACAUUAUCAACAAAGAUGUCGCAGUUGUGAAGUGCUGUCAUGCAUGGACUGUGGGAAAGACUUCUAUGGUGAUGACUACAAGCAGCACACUCAGUGUAUAUCAGAAGAUCAAAAGUAUGGAGGCAAAGGAUACCAGGCACCUCAGAACACCAACAAAGGAGAAGCUAAACAAGAACAAUGGCUCCUGCGUGUAAGAGAAGCUGUUGCAGCAGGGAACAUCAGCGGCCACAUCAAAAAUCUGCUGGAUCAGAUUGCUGAAUAUCCCAACAUUCCCAGAAAAAAAGGCAAAUUUGAGAACUUUGUAAGGAACAGUCUGAAGGUCCAUCAUCCAAAGACAAUUGAGCAAGUUUGGAGUAUUUUCAGUGCUGCUACAGCUAAACCAGAUGUUUCCAAAUCAACAGAACCAACUUCAAUUGGAACAGGAGAGAAUGGAGGAACAAAUUCCUUGAAUGGCCAUUGUGAUGGGGAUGAUCAAGGUGAACAAAUAAAGGAAGAGGUCUUCGAGGAAGAGGAGGAGGAAAUGAAAGGCAAGCAUAAAAAAACAUCUAAACAUUCUGAAACAAUUGAAAAUGAUUGCAAAGAUAACAUUGUAACAUCCAAGGAUAGGAUGAAGAAGAAGAAGAGCAUGACAACAAGAACAUUUGAAAAGUCUGAAAGUAGCAACAGCAGUCUAGCAGUUUCAGUAGAGGCUCAUGAAACAAAAGCAGUGAAUUGUUCUAAAAAGAAGAAAAGAAAAUCAUCAGAGAUUGGAAAUCCAGCAGAUAAGACAAACUGUGACGGGGAAGAAGUGAAGGCUAAGAAAAAGAAGGUGUCUAAGGUCUCAAAGGACUCUAAACCUAUGGAGAAUGUAGGAAGAACUCUCACUAUUUCAUCAAAAGAGAAAGUUGGCGUCAAGAAGAAAAAGAAGAAGAAAGACGCGGAACGGAAUAAAUCAUUAAGUUAUAGUGAUGGAGAAGUGAGUUUUGAGUUGAAAGUACCUGCGAAAAAGAAGAAAACAAAAAAGACAAAGCAAACAAAAACUUAUGAUCUUGGACAUGAUGGAAGUGUGUUCAAUGAAGGUAGUGGUUUGGAGGAAGAAGCUGCUAAAAAGAGCAAGAAAAAGAAGGUGAAAGGGAAAAUCAAGAUAAGUACCAAUAAUGAUGGCUCAGGUUUAGAUGAAAUGAAGAGGAAAGCAAAGAUAUCUAAAAAGAGUAAGGAGCAAGAAGAUCAAGAUGUAAAGAAGAAAGGGAGUAAGGCAAAUAAUGCUUCUGAUAAGUCUGAAAGGAAGAAGAAGGAAAAGAAGCUGAAAAAGAAAGGAAGUGGUGAAAGUGAUAUAGUUGUUACGAACAAGCAAAUGAAAUUUGAUGUCAUUGGAGAAAUAAAGAAAUCAACAAGUAAAGAGAAAAGGGAGAAAAAGAAGAGGAAAUCUGCUGGUCUUGAGAAAUUAAAGUCUUCUGUAAGCAGUGAUGAAUCAAACCCACUUGCUAAUGACAAUCCAGUUAAGGGAGACAAAAGGAUAUCAAAGAAAAAGAAUAAAUCGCAUGAGCAGCUGUUAUCUAUAGAAGUGAAAAACACGGGAUCUAGUCAGGAUGGUAAUGGAUGUUUAGUCAAAAAUAUUGUGGUGAAGAAAAGCAAAAAGAAGAAACUGCCAAACAAAGAAAUAACAUCAUGCAAAAUUGACGGUACCGGUAGCCAUAAAAAGAAGAAGAAAAAGUCUAAAGUGACGCAUAAUAUAAAGAAUGCGGCAUCUGAUCAAGGUUACAACUCUGACAAUGCUAUUGAUUUGGUUAAAGAGAAGGCCAAAAAGAAAAGAGUGAUGCCACCUGACAAAUUGAAAGGAGUCAAAGAAGCAGUAACAAGCUCUUCAGGAUUUGUCUUUCCGUGCACCGCUGGUAGCAGUAUCACAGGGUUUGAGUUGAUUGGAAAUCAAAUUGUUGUACAUAGAAUGCCUGAGAAUGUUUUUCAUAGUGAUCCUAAGGUUUUCAAGGAGUCUUCAAUUGAGCCACCUCCUCACAAAGCAACAAAGACUUCCUCAGACUCCAAACCAAAGAAGCUGAAAAAGAAGCGAGAUGGCCCUGAUGGUUUAGGACAAAGGAAAGAGACUGACAGAUGUGAGAGCGCAGGUAAGAAGAAGAAGAAGAAACGUAAGCAUGAGGAGAUUGCUGUCCAACCUAGUGAUCAAGAUGGAACAUCUUCUGCAGAGCCAUCAGCAAAGAAAACCAAGAAGGAGAAAGAGAAAGGAAAGAAAGCGACAGAGAAAUCCAAGAAGACGUCUGCAGUGGUAAUUUCAAUCCCAUCUUCAACAGAAGUCAAUGGCAAGAAAAAGAAGAAGGAUAAGAAAAAGAAGGAGGAGCUGAUGAGUGAACAUGGCGAUAAAGUGUCAACAGAUUCCAAGAAGAAAAAGAGUAAGAAACACAAGGACAGUGAGCUCAUUGAUUUAAAUGGAAAUACCUUGCCAGAGGGUUCCCCAAAGAUAUUGAAGAUUUUGACAGAAUCUUCGUCAAAGAAAUCUAAAAAGAAAAAGAGUAAAAGCAAUGGGGAAGGUACAUCAACUGAAAUGAUCAAGGACUCAAAAACGGCUAAUAAGACCAAAUCCAAGGAGAAAGAAGAUACAACGAAUAGUGAUAUCAGUUUAGAAAAUGGUUUAACUGCCUUGCCAAGUGUUCAUUGUGAUGAAGCUGCCAAAAAGAAAAAGAAGAAAAGGAAGAACAAAGACAUUGAUUCUAUAUGCAUUUCAAACAGACAGGAUGAAGGUAGUAUUGAUGAGUCAAAGAAGAAAAAGAAAAAGAGCAAUAGCAGUGGUGAAGAAACAUCAAUUGAAAUGAUCAAGAACACAAAGACGGCUAAUAAGACCAAAUCCAAGGACAAAGAAGAUGCAUUGAAUAGUGAAAUUAUUGUAACAAAUGGUGUUACUGCCUUGUCAAGUGUUCAUUAUGAUGAAGUUGCCAAAAAGAAAAAGAAGAAAAGGAAGAACAAGGACAGUGGUUCGAUAUGUAUUUCAAGCAGACAGGAUGAAGGGAGUAUUGAUGAGUCAAUGAAGAAAAAGAAAAAGAAGAAAAAGGUGAAAUGCGAUUCCAAUUCAGAAAAGGAAAGUUCAGUAAAGACUGGUACAGAGUCAGAGAUCGGAAAGGUUGAUGUGAAUGCUACAGGAUCAGAAAACGGUAGGUCAAAAAAAGUUGAGAAAUCAGAGAAUGCAAAGUCUUUCAGCACCAUAUUACCUGAGGAAGAAUCUUUCCAAAACAAAACCAAAACAAAGUCUGAGAAAUCACCUAAGAAGAAAAAAACGCAUAAAAAGAGCAAGGAAUCUAGUGAUGUAUCUGCUGAAACAAAAGCAGAGAAAAAGAAGGUUAAGAAGUCAAAAAAGAUGAAAGAAAGGUAGAAAUGUUGGCAGGAUGAAGGGAAGAAUUAUGAAUUUCUACAUGUAUGACUAUAGUCAGAUGGACAUUUUGACAGAUGAAAUUUAAAAGAAUAAUUCAAGUUCUGACCCAAAGAGAAGUUAUCUGAAAAUGAAAAAGAAAACUGGAGAAUGUAAUUUGCACAAGUUGGUAUUAAUAAAAGUUGUGAGCAUUAUUGCUUGGUAUAUCCUGAAAGUUUUUCAUAAAGUUAGUUUAGUAUAUCUUGGCUGCGUAGUCAGCUACAUAGGGAUA